AGAACGACCCUGUCCCUUAUUCCCGCACGUUACUACAUAUGGCGACGAGGAUAAAAGUAAACCAAACAGUGAGUCGACGUGUGCACGGGGAGAUAGCUGCUACGGCGGCAGCGGAGCGGCUGUGAAACACGUGGCUAUCAAGCUAGCAGAGAAGACGGCAAGGACACCGGAUGACGAUGGCGGCCACAGUGGGCUCGUUGGUCCAAUAUGACAGCAAGGAGCAGUCAUGGGAAGAGUACUGUGAAAUUCUGGACCAUUUUUUUGUUGCAAAUGGGAUUAAUGACGCAGAUAAAAAGCGAGCGGUGUUGCUGAGCAGCGUUGGCGCGCAGACCUACGCGCUGAUGAGGAACCUGCUCAGCCCGGUGAAGCCUGGAGAGCGAUCCUACCAGGAGUUAGUGAACCUGUUGAAGGACCAUUUUCACCCCAAACCGAGUGAGAUAACGCAGAGGUGGAAAUUUAAUACGAGGAACAGGAAGCACGACGAAAGUGUGGUGGAUUACGUGGCUGAACUGAGGAAGCUGGCGCAGGACUGUAAUUUUGGAAACACUUUGACCGUGAUGUUAAGGGAUCGGCUGGUCUGCGGCAUCAAUGAAGACAGAAUUCAGCGGAAACUACUGUCAGAAGAUGGAUUGACUUUCGAUAGGGCUUUCAAGAUGGCUGUGGCCAUGGAGGCUGCUAGCCGCGACAUGGAGGAUCUGCGGAGCAGCGGGGAUCACAGCAGCUCCGGUGUUGGCUGUGAGCAGCAGUCAGCGGGGACCACCAGGGGACUCACAAAAGUGCUUCAGAUGCGGUGGGACUUAUCAUCUAGCGAAUGA